GGAAGCGCGGAUGAGCGGACCGGAUAGUUUGAAUGCUCCGCGCCGGAAAAGGGUUGAUUCGGUGGGAGAAGGUGUUGGGGAGCUCUCUCCGGAGUCUGAGGGCUGAGAUCGGUGGCGGAGGGACGCAACCCGGGACGCCAGCGGCGGGAACCGAGGAGAGGUGUUGCCAUGGUGAUGGCUGUAGAAGACAGCGUGGUUCGGGUGGUCGUGCGGGUGAGGCCCCCCACCCCUAGGGAGCUAGAGAGCCAGCGGCGGCCUGUGAUUCAGGUGGUAGACGAGCGGAUGCUGGUGUUCGACCCCGAGGAAUGUGACGGGGGAUUCCCUGGCCUCAAAUGGAGCGGCUCCCACAACGGCCCCAAGAAGAAGGGCAAAGACAUGACCUUUGUCUUUGACCGGGUCUUUAGUGAGGUGGCCACUCAACAGGAUGUGUUCCAGCACACCACUCACAGCGUCCUUGACAGCUUCCUCCAGGGCUACAACUGCUCAGUGUUUGCCUAUGGAGCCACCGGGGCCGGGAAGACACACACAAUGCUGGGAAGGGAGGGGGAGCCUGGCAUCAUGUACCUGACCACCAUGGAGCUAUACAGGCGUCUUGAGGCCCGGCAGGAAGAAAAACAAUUCGAAGUGCUCAUCAGUUACCUGGAGGUGUAUAACGAGCAGAUCCAUGACCUCCUGGAGCCCAAAGGACCCCUCACUAUCCGUGAGGACCCUGAUAAGGGUGUUGUGGUGCCCGGACUUUCUUUCCACCAGCCGGCCUCAGCUGAGCAGCUCCUCGAGAUGCUGACCAGAGGCAACUGCAGCCGCACACAGCACCCCACUGAUGCCAACGCCACGUCUUCCCGCUCCCACGCCAUCUUCCAGAUCUUUGUGAAACAGCGGGAUCGGGUUCCAGGGCUGACCCAGGCCCUUCAAGUAGCCAAGAUGAGUCUGAUUGACCUGGCUGGCUCAGAGCGGGCAUCUAGCACCCAUGCCAAAGGAGAGCGGCUACGGGAGGGUGCCAACAUCAACCGCUCUCUGUUAGCACUCAUCAACGUCCUCAACGCCCUAGCCGAUGCAAAGGGCCGAAAGUCUCACGUGCCCUACCGAGACAGCAAGCUGACCCGCCUGCUUAAGGACUCCAUUGGGGGCAACUGCCGCACUGUGAUGAUUGCCGCCAUCAGCCCUUCCAGCCUGACCUACGAGGAUACUUACAACACCCUCAAAUAUGCUGACCGUGCCAAGGAGAUCAAACUCACACUGAAGAGCAAUGUGAUCAGCCUGGACCAGCAUAUCAGCCAGUAUGCUGUCAUCUGCCAGCAGCUCCAGGCUGAGGUGGCUGCCCUGAAGGAGAAACUCAAGACAUAUGAGGCUGGAGGCCAGGCCCUGCAGCACCGCUCCCCACAGCCACCCAAGUUAAGCAUGCCGCAAUGCCUUUCUAGCUCUCCAGUCCAGCCUGGGCGCUCCAGCCAGUCCUACACCCCAGAACUCCAAACAAAGUGUGGGACCCUGGAAGAGGAGAGCCUGAGGACAGUGGCCCAAGGACAGGGGCUUGUGGAAGAAAAUGCUUCAGAGGAGGAGGAGGCCCCACAGGACAAACAGUUUCCAGCCCCGAUGCCAGAGCCAAACCUGCCAGGGUCCCCUACUCCAGUUUUGCAACACUCGCCACAGAGACUGGAUGGGGACUAUUCUAAACAGUUGGCCCUCCGGGUGCUGUGCCUGGCCCAAAGACAGUACUCCCUGCUGCAGGCGGCCAACCUCCUGACCCCUGACAUGAUCUCAGAAUUUGAGACCCUGCAGCAGCUGGUGCAUGAGGAAAACAGUGGAGAUGGGGCUGAGCGGCCCAGGGCUCCUGGUCUGGCCAGGGGCGACCUUCUAGCUCAGGAGCUAUGUUCAGAGUCUAAGUUGUCAGGGUACUGUGGCCCUGUGACCCGGACCAUGGCAAAGCAAUUGAAUGGCCUCACGAACACUCUGGGGAUCCUGCUAGCACCUGACUGCGCCUCAGAUAAGAUGGUCCAGAAGCCCAUCGAGGAGAAGAGGAAGAAGAAGAAAAGGAAACUGAACCCCACAGAGCCAGGCAGCCCAGCAGCCCCAAAUCAGGAGAAGCGCCAACGCCAGUCCUUCCUUCCCUGCCUGAGGAGGGGCUCUCUACCUAAGGCCCAGCCUUCCUCUGAGCCCAGAACUCCCAAAAGAGAAAGGGCCUCUUCCCCCUCCCCCUCUUCCCGAGUCUGCCCAGCUACAGUCAUUAAAAGCCGGGUACCCCUGGGCACUUCUGCCUUACAGAACUGCUCUACUCCUCUGGCCCUGCCCAUCUGUGACCUCAACACCACCUUCAAUGUCUCUGAGGAGUCCCCCUCCAAGCCCAGCUUCCAUGAACUUAUUGGCUGCAAGAAAGUUCUCCCAGAGCUGAGCAGCACAGACCUGCCCUUUGUCCCCAGUGCACCUGUCUUAUUCACCAUGAAAGGCCCCAAGCCUUCUCUUCCUGGGACCACUGCUAACAAGAAGAGGCCCACUGUGAGGCCCUCAGUCUCCCGAGGCCGCAGCUGCAUCGCCCGCCUCCCCAGUAGCACCUUGAAGAAGCCAGACAGGCCCUCCGCAGCCACAGGUAACUGGAACUGGGCACAAGUAUAGCUGGGCAGGAGUGGCAGUUGAAAAUGGGGUAUAGGACAGGGUGGAUGGAGACCCAGGUGGAGGGCCUGACGUACUUCGAAGCAUUUCAGGGUCCCUGAUGAGGGAGGAGGAGGGGGUUGGGA